AUUCUUUAACGUUUCUGUCGUUGUACAAACCUACCGACUAGUUACAAAAAAAUUCACAUCACCACAGUUAGCUUAACAAUAUUUCACUUGCACUUUGUAUGAUUUCGUUUCCAGACCGGAUAUUUCGUUACAUAGAUCGGUUAAAUAAAUUAACUUAAGAAUAAAAAGAGCUGACUUGUUUGACUAAACUGUUUAAUAUCUCAUCUUCCUAUACAAAAAGUUACCAUAAAGGCUUGCUACACGAAGAAAUCGGUACACUGGUUAAAGAUUUAUCGUAGGCCAGGCAGAGAAAAUUUGAAAAGUUAUUCCACAUUACUGAAAAACUAAAAUCUUUUCGGCUAAUAGUAAAUUGCCGAUUGUGUCUCAUAAAAAAUAUAAUUUUUCUUCUUGUUCUUUGCAGAUAAAGAUGAAACUUUGUUACACUUUAAUAGCUUGUGCCUUUGUAAACGUGGCAUUUGCUUUUAAUGACCAUCGAAAAACGUUAAUAGAGGAUCACAAGAAACAGGUCGUCGUUACAAACAACCACAUCGAUAAGGCUUUCUGCAAAGGGGUAUUGUCCAAUGCAGUUAAAAAAGUUAUUUGUGGAGUCGAACAGGGAGAAUACAAAUAUUCGAUGGUGGAUAUGGUUUUCAUGAUGGCUAUUUUACCGGUUUCAGAAUCUUUAUACGAUUUCGACCUAACAAAACUGCAACAAUACAUAAAGUACCAGACUGAUAUGCAACAAGAAAUAUUAGACGCCACCACUCUCAGCGUGCCUGAACUUGCUCCAAACUACAAUUAUGGCGAUAGACUAUUUCCGCAGCUUAGACAACAGAGAAAAUAUGCUUUUGUAGAAACUAUAUACCGUUUAAUCAUCAACAAUAUAGUUCUACCCGGACCAGAUUUCAACGAGGCCAGAUUUAGCGAUUUGUGUCGCGCAGUAGGAUUAUUCAAUAGUGUGGUCAACCCAGACAAUUACAUAGUAUCUGCUGAGGUUGGCGACCAGAAUACUUGUAUCCUAACUGCUGUAGACAAUAGUAUUAGCAGAUACAGGCCUAUUGGCGACCGGGUUUACCGAGUAGACGUCGAUCCAGCUAUAGAACUUAGAGAUAUAAUGGUCGGCCAGUUAAGAAGCUGUGGGCACCAGUAGACCAGGAAUCAUAGGUAUAACAUAUCAAAAAUGAUAUUUUACCGAUGUUAUUAUAUCUAAAUGGU